UGUGCAAAAUAAAAAUCAACGCAACUGUUUUCUUAAUAAUACUUCAAAUAUUCUUGGUGGCAGCAGUUGCCCUUGAAGAGACAUGCGUAUUCGACCGAAAAAUGGAAGAGCAAUGCCUAAAUCAGACCUAUAAAACUGUGAAACCGUUGCUAGAUUAUUUUCGACAGGUUAGAAAUGAGUUAGAAGACAACGAAAUUAAAGAAAAUAUGUUAAAUGAAUUAAAUUCGGAUCUUAUGGAAAAGUAUCAUGAAAUUGUGAGGAUUCAUGAAAAAUUCAUGAAAGAGACAGCUCUAUUAGAUGACUAUAAAAACAAAAUUAUUAAAGGUGAAAACGAUUUGCAAUUGAGUAAAAAUAAAGUUGAAAAAUUAGAAUCUGAUAUUAAUUCGCAACAAAAUAUUAUUGUGAAAUUAAAAGGAGAAAUAGCUGUUAAAUCCACAGACUUAGAAAAUUGCCAACUUCAAUUUCAAAAUCUUAAUUCUAGUUUAAUUGAAAAAGAUGAAAAAAUUAAGAGAUUUAGUGAGAAUAUUCAAAAUAAUACUAAACAUCAGAAAACACUUGAGUUGAAAUUAGAGAAGAGUAAAUCUAUAUUAAUAAAGAAAGAUAAAGAUAUUCAGUUAUACCAAUUUGAAAUUGAUACAUUAAAUCGGACAUCAGAGAAUAUCAGAGAACAGCAGAAAAAAAUUCAAUUGGAAUUAAAAGAAAGUGAAAUCAAGCUAAUAGAUAAAGUGAAAGAAAAUCAGUUAUGUCAAUUUGAACUUGAUAAGUUAAGUCCCACAACUUGCAUCCCUUUUAGAGAUUCAGAUGUUCAUCAACUCAAUGUUUCUGGCGUAGGUUUCUUCGAUGUUUUAUGCAAUAGUCAGAUAGCUGGACCUGGAUGGAUUGUAAUACAACAACGAGUUGGGGGAAAUGAGAGUUUUAAUAGGGAUUGGGCAACGUACCGCAAAGGUUUCGGUUCUUAUAAGAGUGAUUUCUUCCUGGGACUCGAGAAAAUGCAUCGUAUCACGAGCUUGCAGCGAUUCGAACUUUAUAUACAUUUGGUUGCUGUGAAUGGAAGUGUCUUCUACGCUGGUUAUGACGACUUCAAAAUAUCUGAUGAAGACCAUGGAUACGCACUGAGUUUGGGUAAAUUCAGCGAAACUAUUAUUAGAGAUUCGAUGAGAUACAGCGAAAACAUGAAAUUCUCAACAUUCGAUCGCGACAACGAUUUUAGCGGUGCCAAUUGUGCAGCUGAUUUUAAAAGUGGCUGGUGGUACAACAAUUGUCAGCAUGGUAACUUAAAUCAACCAAAUAUGAUUUACCCAUUGUUUUACAUGCAAGAAGCUAAGAUGCUAAUUCGUCCCAAAGAUGCGAUGAAGAAGUGAUAAACUGAAAACAAUAUAUAUUACAUAAACAAACAUAAAAAAAAAAUAUAAUUAGUUAUAUUUUUAUACCCGCUAUCCAUAGGGUAGAAGGGUAUUAUAACUUUGUGCCGGCAGGAAAUGUAUGUAACAGGUAGAAAGAUGCAUCUCCGACCCUAUAAAGAGUAUAAAUUCUUGAUCAGAAUCAACAACCAAGACGAUCUAGCCAUAUCCGUCUGUCCGUCUGUCCGUAUGAACACAUAGUUCUCAGAGACUAUA